AUGUUUGUGCCUCAACUGCAUCUAGGGGCUUGGGGCCUGUGUGCCCUGGUCAUCCUCAUUCUUGCCCGUGUACUUGUGCGACGGCUCCAGAUCUUGCACUUCAAGCGCCAGACAGGUGCCCAGCAUGCGCGAAACUUGGACAGACCCAUGGGCCUGUUUGGCCUGAAGUUCGCCGCGUUGACCAUCAGGGAGGUCAAGGCCGGGAGGCUGUUCGCCCUGUUGACCGAGAACCUGCGGGUGUCGGGCCCGACGUACCAGACCGUCGUGCUCGGCCGGACGACGCUCAACACCGUCGACGUGGACAACGCGCGCAGCAUCCUGACCAACGUCACCGACUACGGCGUCUCGAACCGCAUGGGCCCCGGCGGGUGGGCCCCCUUCGCCGACGGCGGCAUCUUCGUCUCGGACGGCCACGAGUGGCAGGCCGGGCGCGCCAUGGUCCGGCCGGCGCUCUCGCGCGCCGAGAUCAGCCAGCUGGACAAGGUCGAGACGCACGUCGCGGCCCUCGUCCGGCGCAUCCCGCGCGACGGCCACACCGUCGACCUCCAGGCCCUGUUCCUCGACAUGACGCUCGACAGCGCCAUGGACUUCCUGCUCGGCGUCGGCACGACCGAGAGCCUGACGGCCGCCGAGGCCGCCGACAAGGCGGCGUUCGCGCGCGCCGUCGACUACUGCGGCGACCAGCUCAUGGUCCGCAUGCGCACGCCGCCCGUGGUCCGCAAGCUCUUCUUCAGAGAGGAGAGGAAGUUCGUCGAUGCCGCGCUCGCGAGCCGAGAUUACAUCACGCAGAUCGUAGCCAAGCAGGCGGCCAAGAUCGAGCUGGAGAAGGACCAGUCUGGCGACAGCAAGGGAUACAUAUUAGCUGAUGAGCUACUACGAGUGACGAAGGGUGACCAGGAGGAGACACGGCGGCAGGUCGCGAGCGUGCUGAUAGCUGCUCGCGAUACGACAGCUCUGCUGCUGUCCCACGCCUUCUUUGCCCUGGCUCGCCAUCCCGACAUAUGGGCCAAGUUGCAGAAGGAGGUGGCGGAGCUCGGCGGCCGAAAACCGUCCUAUGAGGACCUGAAGAGCAUGCGUUACCUCAAAUAUGUGCUCAACGAGACUCUUCGCUUCUACGCCAUCGUGCCAAGCAAUGCCCGCUGGGCGAACAAGGACGCGACGAUGCCACGCGGCGGUGGCCCGGAUGGCCGCGCACCCUGCUUUGUGCCCAAGGGCGCGUUCAUCAUCAUAUACCUGUUCGCCAUGUUCCGCGACAAGAACGUGUACGGCCCCGACGCCGACGAGUUCCGCCCGGAGCGCUGGGGAGAGGAUCUGCGGCCCGGGUGGUACUUCCUGCCCUUUAGCGCGGGUCCUCGUGUCUGCCCUGGCCAACAGUUUGCCUUGAUCGAGGCGAGUUACACCAUCGUCCGCCUGAUGCAAGAGUUUACUCGGAUCGAGAGUCGGGAUCCCAGGCCAUACCAACCCAGGAUUCGGGUCAGCGUUGCGAGCGCCAAUGGGGUGCUGGUUGGACUGUACAAGGACGAGAAGCCUUAG